GCUGAUUGAGUGACUAAACUAUCUAAAGAAAGAGAGAGCGAGAGAGAAACGAGUACUGAUAAGACGAGCAUCGCUGCUCGCCGCUCUCCCUGGAUGAUAGUUGAUUUUGAACGACUUGGCUAAUUUUGUGUAGUGUGCGACAUGUCUGACAAUCUGACGAAGGAGCAGCCAGCAAAUCUGACCAAAUAUCCCAUGUCACAAACACCACUGAUCACCUACGACAUGGUCAACAAACUGCAGUGCGUGCUUAGUCCCAGUGCCAAUGUAAUUCAGGUGCCGAUUUCCGUUGGCGAUGCUGAACCAAAAGCGAAAUGGGAUUCACCAUGCUUGAUGAUGAUCUUCGAUGGCGGCGAUUUGAAUUCUGCCAUGCAUCAUCUGCUUGCCUCACUGCGCAAUCCAUUUGCCCCAAAUGCCGUUGCCACUCUGCUCAUACAGGAGAAUGUGCGUGGGCCGUUUCUGGAGCAGCUGGUAGAGCAGAUGACUCAGGUGGAUCCCUCGGUGCAUCAGCAUCCCAACUAUUUGCGAACGUUGCGCAAACUGCAGCAGUUCAGCGCCGAGACAAUUGUGGCCAAUCCACAUAGAGUGCCAUCAAAUGCCACACCCAUACUGGUCAGCGAUUUAACGCACAAUUUUCUGGGCGAAGACGGACCCACCGGUGUGAUCACAAUGCACACGUUCCGCACACCCAAAGAGGCCACUCAGGUGAAUCUGAAGGAGACGCUCGCCUACGGUUCGGUGAGCAUCUGGAAUGAGAAGACGGCGAGUGCAUACGAGAUGUGUCAAUUGCUCAAGAACAAUAUAUUCAUGAUCAAUUGCUAUAAUGUCGAUCUGGGACCAAUUAAAGCUGCCUUUGAUGCUGGCCAAAACGAUGCGAGAAUCGUUAAGGGCUAUCAUUAUGAGUCGGUGAUCUGCGGCCAGAUGCGCAAGAUUAUUGUCUUUGCCGUCGGCACCAUUUUUGCCAACUGAUGCAUUUAACUCGGAGAGAUUAUCUAUAUGUAUAUAUUUAUAUAUAUAUCUACAUAUGAACACAAUCCGUUUUCUCUUCUAUUUGUUUGAAAAUGGUCUUUUUAUUUUGUUUUUCAAUAUAUGUUGUACUACGCUACGCCUAACGA